AUGAACUACGAUGAGGCAAUUAGGCAAAGCAUUCAGCAACUUUCAUACGAAAUUGCUCUAAUGGGAAGUUUGAUGAUGAAGCUGAUCAUAUUGCCAAUCUUGAUUCUGGGUGGAUCAAUCCCUUGUUCUUUCGGAGUUGAAUUUGAAAGCUUGGCUUCAGAGAAGGGAAGGUUUGGUUCUCAAGUAGCAGGGAAAGCAAAAGCUGGGAAGAACAGCUACUUGGGUUUUGAAGAUGUGAAGAGAAACCAGAUGAUGGGAAAGUUGAGGGAAUAUGAAAAUAUAAUAACUACUUCAGCUUCAAAGCAAAACGUUUAUGCCAAUUUCAGAUACAAUCAGAUGAUAAUGCCUAGACUAUUUCAAGUACCAAUUUCUCCAGCUGGAAAUGCUCCCGGUAGUCCGAGUCCUCCAGGUCCUGGUCCUCGAUUAUGCACUGGGAUGGAACAGUGUAAUAUAGAAAUAAUGGCCAAGAAUAUCGUUGAACUCUGA